CUUUCCCUGCAGCGCAGUUUGUCAGAGUACGAGCGGUGUCUGCAUGUACGCAUGUCUACUCCUUUUCGGGUACAGAAGGUACAAGGUCCUGCCUUCUUGAAACCGCUCUCUUCAUCAUGUUGUUAUCACAUUUAGGAGCUCGCUCUUUUGUUGUUUCCUGCUCAAGCCUUUGAGCUGACCGGUGCCAGGAGGAGGAGGAGAAGGACUCGACAAAAACAAAAACCUUCGCAGAAAAAGAAGAAUGCAACACUGGACUGCUGCUCAUGUGUUAUUUCUGCAUUGAUUUGUUAGCACACGGUGCGUUUAAAGUCUCCGUCUGCAGGAGUACAAUCCAUUCAAGCUGAUUCUCCUCAAUGCACGAGAACUAGAGAAGAAAGGAGGCUAAAACGGAGGAACGGUACAAGUCUGGGAUUUUCACCUAAGACACAACAGAGUCAUCGACCUGCAGGGUCUUACCCUAAAAACCUAAGGAGCGAUGUCAUCUACUAAAUUCAAGAAGGAUAAGGAGAUCAUAGCGGAUUAUGAGACCCAAGUGAAAGAGAUCCGUAACCAGCUGGUGGAGCAGUUCAAAUGCUUGGAGCAGCAGUCUGAGUCUCGCAUCCAGCUGCUGCAGGACCUGCAGGAGUUCUUCCGCCGCAAAUCAGAGAUCGAGGUGGAAUAUUCCCGCAGCUUAGAGAAACUGGCCGAGAGGUUCUCCUCCAAGAUCCGCAGCUCCAGGGAGCACCAACAGUUCAAGAAGGACCAACACCUGCUGUCCUCAGUAAACUGCUGGUAUCUGGUCCUGAACCAGACGAGGAGGGAGAGCCGGGACCAUGCCACCCUCAGUGACAUCUACACGAACAACGUCAUCGUCCGCCUGGCCCAGAUCGUUGAGGAUGUCAUCCGUCUGUUCAAGAAGAGUAAGGACAUCGGGAUCCAGAUGCAUGAGGAGCUGGUGAAGGUGACAAAUGAACUGUACACUGUGAUGAAAACGUACCACAUGUACCACACUGAGAGCAUCAGUGCAGAGAGCAAGCUGAAGGAUGCUGAGAAGCAGGAGGAGAAGCAGUUUAGCAAGUCUGGAGAUCUCAACGUGAACCUCCUGCGUCAUGAGGACCGCCAGCCAAGACGCAGCUUUGUCAGGAAAAUAGAAAAGAUGAAGGAGAAGAGGCAAGCCAAGUACUCCGAGAACAAGCUGAAAUGCACAAAAGCACGGAACGACUAUUUAUUGAAUUUGGCGGCAACAAAUGCAGUGGUGGCAAAAUAUUACAUCCAUGAUGUCUCUGAUAUGAUUGAUUGUUGUGACCUUGGUUACCAUGCUAGCUUGGCACGCACUUUCAGGACCUACCUGUCUGCAGAGUACAACCUGGAGACGUCACGCCACGAGGGACUGGAUAUCAUUGAGAACGCCGUGGACAACCUGGAUUCCCGCAGUGACAAGCACAAGAUCAUGGAUAUGCAUAACCAGGUGUUCUGCCCUCCGAUGCGCUUUGAGUACCUGCCACACAUGGGAGAUGAGGUGUGCCAGGUGAGCGCCCAGCAGCCUGUCCAGACAGAACUCCUCAUGCGCUACCACCAACUGCAGUCUCGCUUAGCCACUCUGAAGAUUGAGAAUGAGGAGGUGAGAAAGACCUUGGACGCGACCAUGCAAACGCUGCAGGAUAUGCUGACAGUGGAGGAUUUCGACGUGUCGGAUGCUUUCCAACACAGCCGCUCCACUGAGUCCAUCAAGUCUGUGGCCUCUGAGUCCUACAUGAGCAAGAUGAAUGUAGCCAAGAGGAGGGCCAACCAACAGGAGACUGAAAUGUUUUACUUUUCUAAAUUCAAGGAGUUCCUGAAUGGCAGUAACCUCAUCAUUAAGCUGCAGGCCAAGCACGACUUACUGAAGCAGACUCUUGGUGAAGGGGAACGGGCUGAAUGUGGAACCACAAGGCCCCCCACUCUUCCCCCUAAACCACAGAAAAUGCGGAAGCCUAGGCCUCGCUCCUUGUAUAACCAUAAGCUGUUUAACGGCAAUAUGGAGACCUUCAUCAAGGAUUCAGGUCAACCGAUCCCACUUGUUGUUGAGAGCUGUGUGAGAUACAUCAAUCUGUACGGCCUGCAGCAGCAGGGCAUAUUUCGCGUGCCGGGAUCACAGGUGGAAGUCAAUGAUAUUAAAAACUCAUUUGAGAGAGGUGAAGAUCCCCUGAUCGAUGACCAGAACGAGCAUGAUAUCAACUCAGUAGCCGGGGUGCUCAAGCUGUACUUUAGAGGACUGGAGAACCCCAUCUUCCCAAAAGAGCGCUUCCUGGACUUCAUCUCCACCAUCAAGCUGGAGUCUGGAGCUGAGAGAGCGCAUCACAUCCAGCAGAUUGUUGUGACUCUUCCUCGCACCAUCAUCAUCGUCAUGAGAUACCUCUUUGCAUUCCUCAAUCAUCUCUCUCAGUACAGUGACGAGAACAUGAUGGAUUCUUACAAUUUGGCGAUCUGCUUUGGUCCGACCCUGAUGCCUAUCCCAGACGGACAGGACCCUGUGACCUGCCAGGCUCAUGUUAACGAGGUCAUCAAGACCAUCAUCAGCCACAAUGAGCUCAUCUUUCCGAGCCAACGUGAGCUGGAUGGCCCGGUGUACGAGAAGUGCAUGACUGGAGGGGAGGAGUACUGUGACAGCCCCCACAGUGAACCAGGAACUAUUGACGAGGUCGACAACGGAACUGAACCACACACUAGUGAUGAAGAGGUGGAACAGAUCGAGGCCAUCGCCAAGUUUGACUACGUUGGACGCACUCCCAGAGAGCUUUCCUUUAAGAAGGGGGCGUCUCUGCUGCUGUACCACAGAGCGUCUGAAGACUGGUGGGAGGGACGCCACAACGGUGUGGACGGCCUGAUCCCCCACCAGUACAUCGUAGUGCAGGACCUGGAUGAUGCGUUCUCAGAUAACCUCAGUCAGAAGGCAGACAGUGAAGCGAGCAGUGGACCGUUGCUGGAUGAUAAGGGUUCAUUCAAGAAUGAUGCCCUGUCACCAUGUGAACCAUCAUCCGACUACAACUUUGGAGCAGUCAUGGGGAGGGUGAGAUUACGGUCCGAUGGAGCUGCAAUCCCACGCCACCGGAGCGGCACAGACACGCACAGCCCCACCAGAGGGGCCGACACCCCGCCUCGGGCUGCUGCAUGUCCCAGCAGCCCCCACAAGGUGUCCGUCAGCAAAGGUCGUAUGGAGAGCCCAGAAAAGAGACGCCUGGGCACUUUUGGAAGCGCAGGAAGUAUCAACUACCUGGACAGGAAGGCGUAUCCUGAGGGCCACCCUCUUAAGCCGGUACCCGGGGCCACGCGUCACAGCAGCCUCGGGGACCACAAAUCACUGGAGGCUGAAGCUCUGGCUGAGGACAUCGAGAAGACCAUGACCACAGCUCUGCAUGAGCUGCGUGAGCUGGAGCGGCAGAACACGGUCAAACAGGCUCCUGAUGUAGUACUGGACACUUUGGAGCCCAUGAAGAACCCUGUCAGCUCGGAGCCUGGCAGCCCUCUGCACACCAUCAUGAUCCGAGACCCAGACGCAGCCAUGCGCCGCAGUAGCAGCUCCACCUCUGAGAUGAUGACCACUUUCAAACCCGCUCUCUCUGCUCGGCUGGCCGGGACUCAGCUCCGCCCUCCAACCAUGAGGCCUGUGCGCCCCCCUCCCACCCAGCAUCGCACCAGCAGCUCCAGCUCUUCUGGGGUUGGCAGCCCUGCUGUGACUCCCACUGAGAAGAUGUUUCCAGGUAACAGCACAUCGGCUGGUUCCAACAUGAACUCGUCCGGUGAUGCUGGUGAUAAGUCUGGUACCAUGUAGCGAAGGUGGAAUCUGAAAGGUGGAAAGGUUGUUUAACUUUCCACAUGAGGAGAAAGCUUAUGAAAAGGGUGCUGAUGUGAAAAAAGCAGAGAGCGAUAUGUUCCUCUCUGUUUUCUGCCUGACUUAAUUCAUCUAUACAGAAAGCUCCUGGAGCUUUACCAUGGUGACCAAUCAGCAGAAGAAGCUGUAGUGGUGUGAUAGCGUGAAGCUCUUUGAAAUUUGAUUUGACUAAAAGUGUCCAAGAACACAAAUUUUCUUCAGUUUUACCUCAGUUACACACACAUAACAGUGAAUGCAAGUGAAGCAAUACUUGUGUGAAAACUGGUUUCCACUCAGCAAACACUGUCCAGAAGUGUCACUCGAUGUGUUUGAAACAAUUAUCUGAAGAGACGGGUGGAAACAUUCAGGAAAAAAAACGAUGUCUGUUAGCCAUGUAGGUAACAGGCAUUACAUCUGUACAUAUACAAUCUUACUAAAGUCCCCAUGCUUUCUGUUUGUACUAUGAUACAAUGGAUGUUCAUCAAAGUAACAACUAAGUAACUUUAUAUCCUUCUGCAUGCAGGGUUUGGAGGUCAUAAGGAAAAUAUGUAAAACUUGCAUCAUGGAGAAAUUUGGACUCAAGUCGCAGAAGUCCAGAUUUUUGACAGUAUUAUAUUUCUAAAAUUUGAGAUGUGAAAGGCCAUUGGUACCCUAGAUAUUAUACCUAAAUCUAUUGCAAAAGAAAGAAAAACAGCAUGGUCUCUGAAAACUUAGACAUCACUAAUAAGAAUUUGACAAAAGAAGGAGCCAGUAGAUGGUGAGAGACCUGUCUCCAUGUCUUUUUCUAUGUCCUGUAAGAAAAACAUGCAGAAUAACUAAUGUAGGAAACCCUGUGGUUAACAUGUAUAUAAUAUAUAGCUAGUACAUUUUUUUAAGUGUUUAAUUUGUAAAGUACAAAAAAGGGAAAGCUGUGGAAGUAAUUUGCUAAGAUCAUACACCUACCUUUUUACCAUCUUCAUUGAACUGCAAACACGUUCUGUGGGCUGUGUAGGAAAGAGUUGAAACUACAUGUUGUAUGAUGUGUUUAGAUUGCAUUUGGUAAAUGUACUGUAGAAAUCAAACCACUGAUAAACAGGCAGAGUAGAUGCAUCAAAUGGUAACACUAUACAGUUCCUGUAAUACAGUUAAAAUGUGACGCUGAACCCAGAGAAGCGUGACGCUGUGACAUCCUGUUCUCACAUCUCUUACCUACCUUUCUGCCUUUUUCUUCUUCAUGUUGAUAGAUUCAGUUGAGAACAUUCAGGUGUUUUAUUAACUGCAUCUCUCUAGUCAUUUGGACAGCUCUGGUCCAGAGACCUUGUUAUCCCCCCUCCCAAAGAGCCUGCUCUUUCUGCAUGUUUCACGCUGUAAAGUCCGCCUUAUCCUCUGGGGCAGUUAUUGGCUGUAUGCGGUGCCUUGCCUUGGUAUAGAACGCACAAAUUAUCUCAAUUAUGGAUGUUUUUUUUCCUUAAGAAAUGGACCUUAACAUUUACAGGGAUUGGUGAAAUUAUGAACUCUGCUGUUUGCUGCAGUUGCUCAACUGCUUUUGGAAUUGAAACGUAACUAUUAGCAUGUAAACCACACUCCCAACUCUGCACUUAUUCAGUGCAUUCUGCAGAAAUACAUGCUUUAACCUGAAAACAUUUGCUCGUUGUUAAUAUAUUGUUGGUUACUGACAUAUCUGUCCAGAUGGGAAGGAAGAAUUCUAAAGAACAGAGCGUUCCUGCAAGCAGAAAAGCAGGAGAACAAAAAACAGCAUUUAAUGUCAAACAGUGCGCUACACCCUCUGCUGGUUCAUGCUUGUAUUGCCUGUUGAUACCAUCAUCUCAUAUGGGCAUUACAAGUAUGAUCUGCAGCUUCCUUUUACAAUCACUUAGUUUUUUCAUUUUAUUUGUUUUGAUUACAGUUUUGCACCUGUUGAAAUCUAUGAAGAUAAUGUUCAAUAAACAUUUGUCUAUUAAAAGAUGAUGAAAGCACAGGGUGAAUUUAUCGUGUUUAAUUAACUAGACUGUUUUUUAUUUAUACACUUGUGUAAGUGGCGCAGAAAUUUCAGUGCCUUUUGUGCACAACAUCAAUUUUUAUUGGACUUUUAUAUUUACUUUUUUUUUACUGUAAUAUGUUGUCUAUUAGUUGUCAUGUUUACUACGGACUGAUGUUGCUUUUUUUACUUUUACUUCCUACUGCUACUUGUAAAGAAAACCACCAUAAGGGAAACAUUGUGUAAAGAUUUGACUUCUGAGGAUUACAGAAGAAUCAUCAUGAAAGACUUGUCUCUGUUCAGGUGAACUCUAUAAAAUAAAAGUUAUAAAAACUACUGUAUACAGGAUCUACUGAUGAGUUCAGUAGAAUCAUCUCAGAAUAUUUCCUUUCAUCGUUUUGUUCUCUGUGUGAACUGCCUGUGCUGUGGUUGAGCCGUAACUCUUGUCAAAUCAAAGUGAUUGCAGAACUGAUGAAAACAGUGGGACAGACAUGGAGGACCCUCUUCUUGUAGAGGUUACAAAGCACUUGGUGCUCUCUCUCCUUUUCCCUACAUGUGAUGUAACAUGGAUGUUUUCUCUCCAGGAAUGUAUGCUGAAAUGGGUAACACUGUUGGACAUUAAGUUCAUAUUGAAAAGGGACAUUACGAUAGGAGAGGAGACAGCUGUCACACUGCUUACCUUCUCUUUAGUUGUUCGUCUAGUGAUGCUGUUUGUUGAUGAGUGUGUCUGGAUGUUUGAAACCUUGUGCUGUAAUGUACACCAUACCACUGACUGGAUGUUGAAAACCCCUGCGUCCAAUAAAACCAUUAUUGCUCUGUGAUAA